CCCUAGAAGAUCUUUUCAAAGAGACUCCUCUAGAGGCAUCCAGAAUCAGUGCUAAAAUUUGAAACCCAGAGUCUCUCCAGGAUGUACCUCAGCGCUGUAAAUCACCGCAUUCCUCUAAGUGAUGGAAACAGCAUUCCGAUCAUCGGUCUUGGGACAUACUCAGAACCUAAACUGACCCCUAAGGGGACCUGUGCAAAGUCAGUGAAGAUUGCCAUCGAUGUAGGGUACCGGCACAUUGAUGGGGCCUACAUCUACCAGAAUGAGCACGAAGUGGGGGAGGCCAUCAGGGAGAAGAUAAAAGAAGGAAAGGUGCGGAGAGAGGAUAUUUUCUACUGUGGAAAGCUGUGGGCUACAAAGCAUGAGCCAGAGAUGGUCCGCCCAACUCUGGAGAAGACACUUAAUGUCCUCCAGCUAGAUUAUGUGGAUCUUUACAUCAUUGAAAUACCCAUGGCUUUCAAGCCUGGAGAUGAACCCUAUCCUAAAGAUGAGAAUGGCAAAUGGUUAUAUCACAAGUCAAAUCUGUGUGCCACUUGGGAGGCUUUGGAAGCUUGCAAAGAUGCUGGCUUGGUGAAAUCUCUUGGAGUAUCCAAUUUUAACCGCAGGCAGCUGGAACUCAUCUUGAACAAACCAGGACUCAAAUAUAAGCCAGUCAGCAACCAGGUUGAGUGCCAUCCAUAUUUUACCCAGCCAAAACUCUUGAAAUUUUGCCAACAACAUGAUAUUGUCAUUAUUGCAUACAGCCCUCUGGGUACCGCUAGGAAUCCAAGCUGGGUGAAUGUAUCCUCCCCACCUUUGCUAAAGGAUGAAUUUCUAAACGCACUGGGAAAAAAGUACAAUAAGACAGCAGCUCAAGUUGUUUUACGUUUCAACAUCCAGAGAGGAGUGGUUGUUAUUCCUAAAAGCUUUAACCCUGAAAGGAUCAAAGAAAACUUUCAAAUCUUUGACUUUUCUCUCACUGAAGAAGAAAUGAAGGACAUUGAGGCCUUGAAUAAAAAUGUCCGCUUCGUGGAGUUGCUCAUGUGGUGUGAUCAUCCUGAAUACCCAUUUCAUGAUGAAUACUGACUUCAGAAUGCUCCUGAACUGAUUUUUCCCUCCCAUGAAUGUCAGAACCUUGGGCCAGGUAGUUCCUCCAGAUGAAGAAAUUUUAAAAGUUUUACUAUCUUUAGAUAAGUGAUGAAGUUAACACGCUUAAGUUUUGUGCAGAGUAAAUGACUUUGGCUUAGGUAUAUAAAGAAAAAAUAUGUUUAAAUCUGUUGAAAUAAUUAUUUGGAAAUUAUAAGCUAAUAUUUUAUUAGAUCAAGGUCUUCUGGUUUCCAGACCAAAAAAAAAAAAAAACAAACAAACCCAAAAAAACACUAGGCUUUAGAAAAGAUAGCAGAGGCAAUAUAAAAGACAAAUAACUCAUGAAUGUGAGUCCAGCUAUUGGCAGUCUGAGGUCCUUACUUUAGCAGUUAACAGUGCAACAAAGAGGGUGGUAAGCUAGUGCGUGCAAGUGCUGUCAGUGACUUUGAUGAUUUGGACCAUUGACUGUAACACACACACAGCCGAGAUAAGAUCCUCACAAGCAUUAUUAACAAGGAAGUGAUUUGCUACACCUUGUGUAAAGAGAAAGAGCUAAGCAUAGAAAAGUCUUAAAAUAGAGCUAAUUAAACACCACAGUGGUCAGCAAAGACAUAAUGAUUUGGUUGUUGUUUGGCUCCAUCCAGUGUGUGUUCAUUUAGCUUCUGAGAGAUGGCUAAUUGCUGGUUCUCUCUUGCAUGCUUUCAAGGGUCUGAGAAUGAACAUAACUGGUGAGCUAUUUUUCCACUGUCUAUCACUCUUGCCCUACUCAUCAUAUAUCCACCAUUAUGUGAAGUAGCUUGAGACAAUCAACCGACACAAAUAAAACCCUGAAUCAUUAAAAAAAAAAAAUUCAAAGAUGACUAUUUUUUAAAAUAGCCUCCAUGCUGGGAAACCAGAACUCAUGACCCUGAGAUAAAGACCUGAACUGAAAUCAAGAGUCAGAUGUUUAACUGACUGAGCCACCCAGGUGCCCCCAAAGAUGACUAUUUUAAAAGAAGGCAUUUAAAAAGGAAGCCAGUCCCGGCUGGCUCACUUGGUGGAACAUAUGACUCUUAAUCUUGGGAUUGUGAGUUCAAGCCCUGUGUUGGGUACAGAGAUUACUUAAAAAUAAAAUCUUUUAUAAAAAAUAAAGUUAAAAUUAAAAAGAGACUUCAUGAAAUUAUUAUACUUAGGACUUUGAAAGUGUUAUUGGAAUUUCAAGAAAGUAGCAAGUUUGAAAGAACACUGGUAAUUUUACUGUAUGUAAAUUUUUAAUUUUUGAAAAAGAAGGUUAUUAGAAUUCUGCAAUAGAGAUAUACCAAUUGUCAAUUCAACUAGAACAACGUGUUUUUUUCAUUCAUAUUAAGUCGCUCUCAUAGGGCAAGAGAGUUCGUCAAAAAUUUUGUCUUUCCAAGACCAAUUGCUUACAGAUAACCUGCAGUGACCUGAAAGCAUACACUUCUGAGAAAUCAGCACUUUAAUUCGAUCUCUACUCACUGUAUCCACUGAUUCUAAUGUAAUGCUGUUCUCUGGAAAAUAUUUUGUUUACCAGAAAUAAUAAAGCGUGAUGAUUUAUUGAA